AGAUUCGUAGAAGGGCCUGUGCUUUCCUGGAAGUGUUCCUACAGCACUGGUAGCACAAAGUCACACCGCGCUCUAUUUCUCUUUCUCUUUCAUAUUUACUUUUUAGUUUUUAUUUAUACACUUCUAUCUCUCUCUUUGCACUCUCAUUCUCAGUCUCUGCCAGGACUCCAGUAUGGAAUCCAAAUCAAGAAAUGUCCUCCUCUUUACCUUCACCACCGCCCUUUUCUUCUCUCUCUCCACUUCUUCCUCAGCCUCACUUCAAACCCAAACCCAAACCCUACUCCUCAACCCUCUCACUGCUCCACAAACCACCCUCUCAUGGCUCGAACCCGAAUCUGAAUCUCUCUCCUCCUCCACCACCACCGAAGCCGACCCAGAUUCCAACUCCACCGCCACUCUCCAACUCCACCACAUAGACUCCCUCUCUUCCAACAAAACCCCAGACCAACUCUUCCACCUCAAGCUCCAACGCGACGCGCUGCGAGUGGACUCCCUUCUCUCCCUCGCAGCCGCCAAGCGCGGCGGCGGCCACGGAGGUCUGGGCCUAGGGUUCAGCAGCUCGAUCAUCUCCGGUCUAGCCUCAGGCAGCGGCGAGUACUUCACACGCAUCGGCGUAGGAACCCCACCUAAAUACGCCUACAUGGUCCUGGACACAGGAAGCGACGUGGUCUGGAUCCAAUGCUCUCCUUGCAAAAAAUGCUACUCCCAAAGCGACCCCGUUUUCAACCCAAAAAAAUCGAGAUCUUUCAACGGGAUCGCCUGCACGUCACCCUUGUGUCGUAAGCUAGACUCUCCUGGCUGUAACCAACAACGCCAGGCCUGUCUCUACCAAGUCUCUUACGGUGACGGAUCUAUCACACAAGGUGAUUUCUCCACCGAAACUCUCACCUUCCGUGGCACCAAAGUCCCACGUGUCGCCCUCGGUUGCGGCCACGAUAACGAGGGUUUGUUCGUCGGUGCAGCUGGUUUGUUGGGUUUAGGUCGGGGGAGGUUAUCGUUUCCCACCCAAGCCGGUCGCCGGUUCAACCGGAAAUUCUCCUACUGUCUGGUAGACCGAUCUGCCUCCACUUCCUCUAAGCCUUCUUCAAUUGUUUUCGGAGACGCCGCUGUUUCUCGAACCGCCAAGUUCACUCCCUUGUUGGUCAACCGAAAGCUCGACACCUUUUACUACUUGGAGAUGCUGGGGAUCAGUGUCGGAGGGAGACGUGUACGUGGGGUCACGCCCUCGUUGUUCAAGCUCGACGCAGCUGGGAACGGUGGGGUUAUCAUCGAUUCGGGUACUUCCGUGACCCGUUUGACCAGACCCGCUUAUUUGGCAUUCAGGGACGCUUUCAGGGCCGGAGCUCCGAAUCUGAAACGGGCACCCGAGUUCUCUCUCUUCGACACCUGCUUUGACCUGUCAGGGAAAACUGAGGUGAAGGUACCCACAGUGGUGUUGCAUUUUCGAGGUGCUGACGUGUCAUUGCCGGCCACGAAUUAUUUGAUCCCGGUGGAUAGUAGUGGGACUUUUUGCUUUGCGUUUGCUGCUACGCUCAGUGGCUUGUCAAUUAUUGGGAAUAUCCAGCAACAGGGUUUCCGGGUUGUUUAUGAUUUGGCGGGUUCUCGGGUCGGAUUUGCUCCACGAGGCUGCGCUUGAUGGUCUACCUGGGAGUGGGUGUUGGAAAAAGGAAAAAGUAAGCAAAAAAGCAAAAGCUUUUUCUGCUUUUUUUUCUUUUUCUUUUUCGUUUUUUUUUUUAAUUGUUUUGUUUUGUUAAUUAGUUGGAAAUGGGGAAAUGUUUCUUAUUUUCUUUUAUCCGAGGAAAAAAUAGUAAGGUUGACGCGGUGUUUGUUUGUUGUAAUAUGGUCAUUUUAUUACUCUAAGUCUACUUGGGUAAAAUACUAUAUGAUCAUUAUAGAUUAGUUCCUUUAUUUAA